GACCAAUGUGGGGAAGAGUCUCACCCAACAGAGGGAGGAAACUGACAAAGAGAUGGGCACAAGUGGUCAGAGGGACCCACAGGGACACAGCUGGACAGAUGUCAGCAGGGGGCAGGGGGUGGAGCGAGAAUGGCAGGUGAGACAGACACAGAGAGACCCCCCCGGAGCAGAGGGGCCAGGGAGGGGCAGAGAGCAACACAGACUCAGAGGCGGAGGGGCAUAUGGGGAGAUGGGCAGAGAGGCCACUGUGACGCGAGGAGCCCCGGGCACGGUCUGUGGCAGCCUGAGCAUGGUGGGUGGCAAGGCAGGGUUUCAGGGAGGGGCUGUGUGAGGGGUCCAGGGAGCUAGGAAAGAUGGGGUUCUUGGAGGGCCUGGGGCCCACCAGCCCCUGGAGCCGGAAACAGGAAGAAGAGUAGCAGGGACCCUGCGGGAACCACACCUGCAGCUGCCCACACGGCCACCCUCCCGCAGGCCCUGGGAAAGUGCAGUGGGCAGUGCCCCUCAGACGGCAGGAGGUGCCAAGCGCUCGUCUCCAUGGCCCUUCCCCAGGGCCCGGCAGAUGGCAGCCUCCCCACGGGGGACCCCACCCCCUCCGAGGUCACGCCAGGGCCUAGCCGGGCCCCUGCCAGCCCAGCAGCCACCAGGCGGCGGGCGCUCCUUCGGGAACUGGAGGCUCAGGUGCAGGCCGCCUAUGGGCAGGUAAAGGGGGCUGGGGUGUGGGAUCAUCCUCAGCUGAGGGAACCAUGAGGGAAUAGCGGGGACCCCACGCCUUAGCCGGGGCCCCACAGGACAAACCCAGGGCUGAGCCCAGGGAGGGGAGUUCAGACAUGCACUCUGAUGGAUGGGCCAGCAGCCACUCAGCUGCCCAGAGAGAGGCUGGCAUGCCCUGCAACCUCUGCCAUCACUGAGCCCUGUUUCCAGACCGCAGAGCCCAGGGUCAGCUGUCCUUGGGUCCUUGCCUAAGUAGCCAGGCUGGGGCAGGUCCAGGCAAGGGUGCCGAGGGCAGGCAGGCUGGGCGGAUGCUCUGAGGUGACAGCAGGGGUCCAGCUGGGAGGGGCAGGUGCUUCCUGGGUCUGCCAUUCCCUGGAGAGAUGACUCAGCCCACCCUGGCAAUCAAGGCACCUGGCUUCCUCCUCCCAGGUCUAGGCCCUGCUUCUGAAGACAUUAAAUCUCUCCAGAUUGGGCUGGUGGGAGAGAAUGCUGGAGAGGGCGUGUCUGCAAGACCCUCAGGAGUGAGCACAGGGAAGCUGUGCCUUCCAGGGGGGGGCCUUGCGCCCCAAGUGGCCACCCUCACCAGCAGAGAUGCUCAGAGAUAAUCCCAGAUUAGGACCCAAGCCCCUGUGCCCCGGGCUCUCCGCCUGCCCACCCGCCCGCGAUCUUCCCCACAAAACCCUCGGAAAAUCCCCUGCAGUGAUCUCAGACUCUCACUGGGAGCCGGUGGGAGCCCACAGCAUCCUCUGAGGCCCAGCCUUGGGCUGCCCCCGGGACUCCAGGCCUGGCAUGGUUCAAGGGCCCAUGGGAAACUGUGCCAAGCGGCCCCGGCACCGGGCGCCUAAGGACCGGGAGCUGCGGCCAGAGGAGAUUGAAGAGCUGCAGGCCGCCUUUCAGGAGUUUGACCGAGACCAGGACGGCUACAUCGGCUACCGGGAGCUUGGGGCCUGCAUGCGGACGCUGGGCUACAUGCCCACCGAGAUGGAGCUCAUCGAGAUCUCCCAGCAAAUCAGUGGAGGGAAGGUGGACUUUGAAGACUUUGUGGAGCUGAUGGGCCCCAAGCUGCUAGCGGAGACCGCGGACAUGAUCGGCGUCCGGGAGCUGCGGGACGCCUUCCGGGAGUUCGACACCAACGGGGACGGCUGCAUCAGCUUGGGUGAGCUCCGGGCGGCCCUGAAGGCCCUGCUGGGAGAGCGGCUCAGCCAGCGGGAGGUGGACGAGAUCCUCCGCGACAUUGACCUCAACGGGGACGGCCUGGUGGACUUCGAAGGGUGUCGAGGUCCAGAGAGCAGACUGAAAUGUUGGCUUUGUCCUGGCAGAGUUUGUGCGAAUGAUGUCUCGCUGAGCCUGCACAGAAGCUGGAAGCAGCAGACAGGACUUGGGACCAGAGCCACUGCCUGCCAGUGUGUUCUUGGAGCCCCUCACCUCCAGCUGGGACCCCUCCCCCUCUUCUCCCUGCCCUGGCCAGUGUGCACAGCCCUUGCCUGCAACACCCCCACCCCCCUCCUCCACCAAGCCCCUUUGCCCAGCUCUGUUUCUCUGACAAUAAAGCAUCUUCGAGCUGGGGACACAGCUUCCACUGCUCACUUGUUCAUCCUGCAGGUAUCUGGCCCUCAAAGUGAAGUCCUCUCGAUUGUGAACUUUGGGUGGGUAAGGGGCCCUCCCUAGAUCCUACAGCCAGCCCAGAGCAAGUACUGGGAAAUGUUCCCAGAUGAGUAAACCCAACCUGCUUCUCCCAGAGCUGGGUGCAUGGUGGCCCCUCACCCUGUGAAAUGCUCUUCUGGAUCCAAGGUUACAACCGAAGACCACGUGCCUAAGGGCUUCUCCCAAGCUCCUUCCCAUUUCCUCUUAGAGGGGCACAGCUCAGAGCUCCCUGCAAGAAAGAAUUUGCUGGUGGGCUGCAGGGGGUGAGGGAGCUGACAGGCCCCUUCAGGAUAUAUCUCAGCCUUUGGGCACACACCUCACUCUUCCCGGAAGCCUGCAGCCACUGACCGAGCACACAGGUGGGCUCUGUUCCAAGCUCCCCCCUCUAGGUUAGCCGAGGUGUGGUCAGGUCAGCCCCAAAUCAGCAACUCUCUGCCCAAUCCUUCUUCAUCACACUUCCUCUUUUUCACAUUCCGAACUUCAUCUUGGUGUUUGCCUCCCAGGGAAACCAAAUGAUACAGCUCCUCACUCCAGCCCUGCCAUGGCCUUCAUAACCCCAUUUUCCAUAUCGAGGGACCCGGGAGGCCAG